AAACUCCUCUUAUUUGCAGUUGGAUACUAAAUUGGCUUUGGGGUGUAUGUACACGUCUGACCAAAGAGGGCGCUCUUCUGGACUCAUGACAUGUUUACAGACGUCUGAAACUUUGCUGAGUUGGAAACAAGUUGCAAGGACAUCGAUCGAAGAGAGUUUAAAAAGGUCAUGUCAUCCAUAAAGAUCGAGUGUGUAAUCAAAGAAAAGAAUAAGGUUGGAGAGAGUCCAGUCUGGGAGGAGAAGGACUCCUCUUUGGUAUAUGUUGAUAUUUCGGGUCAAAGGGUCAGCCGGUGGAACUCUCUGACCAGUCAAAUAGAGAGUAUUGCUACAGAGAAACCUGUGGGUUCUGUGGUUCCACGCCAGUCAGGUGGUUACGUCAUUGCAGAGGGAACUCGAUUUGCAUUUGCUGACUGGGGAAAGCGUUCUAUUACAACUGUCGCUCAUCUGGACAAGGAAAAAAGCAACACCCGCUUCAAUGAUGGAAAAGUCGAUCCAGCCGGCAGGUUUUUCGCAGGUACCAUGGGUAUGGAACUGCGGCCUGCAGUUGUGGAGAGGAAACUGGGGUCUUUGUACACCCUCCAUCCUGACCACUCUGUUGUCCAGCAUUUUGACCAAGUGGACAUCUCCAAUGGUUUGGACUGGUCACUGGAUCACAGAGUCUUCUACUACAUAGACAGCCUGGCAUUCAUGGUGGAAGCCUUUGAUUAUGACAUCCAGACUGGAGGGCUAUCUAACCGCAGAGUGGUUUACAAGAUGGAGAAGGAUGAAGGCAUACCAGAUGGUAUGUGUAUAGACUCAGAGGGCAAACUGUGGGUCGCCUGCUACAAUGGAGGAAGAGUGCUGCGCAUUGACCCACAAGCAGGAACACGGCUACAAACCGUAAAACUACCAGUUGAGAAAACCACAUCAUGCUGUUUUGGUGGGAAGGACUACAGUGAUCUCUACAUCACCACAGCGUAUAAAGGCAUGGAUGAAGAUUCACUGGCCAAACAGCCUGAGGCCGGCUGCAUAUUUAAGGUUUCCGGUUUAGGGGUCAAGGGCAUUCCACCAUACUCUUUUACUGGAUGAAAACCAAGGAAACAGUGAUGUCCGUUAAAGCAUCACAUUCAUUUUGCUGUCACAAUGUUGUAAUCAUGCAGUCAGUAAUAUAACUCCUAAUGAUACAGGAAAAUCUGACCUAAUUUUUGAUGAUUUCCAGGAUUAUAUACCUUGGGAACUAUUUGUUUAAUAUUAAACUGGAUGAAAUAGAUCAUUUUAUUGGUAAAUGAUAAGGCUGCUGUUGGUGUUUCUUUACAGAAUGAAUAUAAUGAAUAAGUGUUCUUUCUUUUGCAUGACUAAAAUCAAGAUGUGAAACAAAUUCAUUUUUUAUUCAUUUCUAUUCCUGUUUACAUUAACUACACUAAGGGUACAAUCUGUAACUUUGUGCAAGAAUUAAGAAAUGAUUGCCAGUAAUGGAUUUGUUCAAUAGUGAACACUUGUUUAUUAAUCAUGAACUGAAUUUGCUGCUGAAGUUAUUGAACAGCCAAUCAAGCAGAACCAUGAUUUUGAAAAUGUCAUACCUACUAAUGAUGGUGCUGUAAUAUCACAGUGAUGGUGACUAUUGCGAUUUUAAUUUUCUUUUACUUUAACCCUUUAAAGUCAACAUGAAACGCUGUUAGCAGCCCAUUUCACUUUCAUAAUGUGACAUUUUUCUGAGUGAAACAAUAUUUUCAACAAGACAAAAUUUGGGCGGGACUUGAUUUCAUCAAUGAGGAAUUAAUUAGAUCAUGAAAAGUGAGCGUUAUGUUCAAGAAAUAAAGUCUUGGAGGAGUGAGAUUAAAAAGGUUGCAAAAUCAAGUUGUUUCAGAGGCAAAGCAAGUUAUUACAUUUUGAUAAAAGAUUACAAGAUGAAUUGCAACAAAGAAGCAUGCACAAUAAGACUAGGAAUGUACAUUAAGAAAGGAAAUAGGAUCAGUUUUGAUUGAAUGUUUUUGACUUAAGUAAACCUUCAGGUUUUGGUGCAAUGGUUGAAUCGAUUCAUUCAUUUUUGUUUUGUGUACUGAGUUUGGGAAUCUUACAAAAUAAACUUUAAGUUUAGAAUUCA